AUGGUUGAAACUAGAUCCAAACAACCCGAAUCUACUCAGGCCAACCCUGCCGCCAAAAGCAAGUCCAAAACCAAAGGUUCAUCCAAGAAGCGUCAACCCCAACCUCCUUCUGGACGUAAAAAACAAAAGCAACAAUUAGUGGAAGAUGAUGCUGAUGAGAGUUUCCAUAUCGAUUCUAAUGAUGUCAAUAAUCAACCUAGGGAUGAGCCCAACCUCACUUGUCGCGAAGAAGCAGAAGAAGAUGAAUCAGCUCCACCUGCGGUUUUUCUCUCUCGCUUUCCUGGACUCGAGCUAGGCGACUUUGAAAAGCAAUUAGAUGAUUGGACACUGGUUUCACUUCGCCAGGCUAUUUCCAAACAAGCAUCAAAAAGAAGUAAAGCACCUGGCGAGAUUCAAUUGUUGGUUCGUAUUCGUCUCGAGUAUGAAAAAAGGAUGCUCAUGGCCGCACUCAUGGGUGCAGUUCCCAAGGUGGUGAUCUGGAAUCUUGUUGGCAAAGGCUCAAAGCAGGGUCAUGCAAAUCCAUGGAUACGCUUUCUAGCAUUUGGCCUUCCAGCAUUAGCCGAAAAAGUCCCCGAGUCGGGUGAUAGUGAAGGUUGGACUCGACGAAACAAGAAAGUUUCUGACUUAUGGAAAAAACUUAGCAAAGACGAGAAGGACGUCUUUCGAGACCCUUACUUCUUUGCACUGGCCAAAUUACCCAACCUUUCUACUCUACCAAUGGACAUCACCAAGCCGGCCGAAGACGGAGGAGAUACAAGCCUUCAGCACCUCAAUGAAUCGAUGCCUGCUCCAACUGUUCACAAAUUGACAGAUGAACAAAAAACAAAGUAUAUGCCGUUGUUUGAAAAGCUGGUCGAUGUCGAGAAGCUGCACCUGUGUCACGGAAAGCCCAGUCCCUCAACUCCAGUCGCUACUAUUCAACAAAAGUCUUUAGUAGAGCUACGAAAAGCCCAUCACACUGUAAGAAGCAUUUGUUUCCAUCUGGAUUUCUUGCCUAUAUCUAUUGUCACAUUGACUACAUAUACUUGA